GUCCCAAAUUCUCUUUGAUGUUUGUAAGGGCGCGUGAGAGACGGUUGCGGUGACCCGAGGAAGGCGUGUGGUGUUUUAGAUUGAACGACCAGAUGUCUUUCCCAUUCCCAGCUGGCAAGGCAACUGGCUUCAAGGAUGCAGAGGAUGAAGACAAGCCACAGAAGUUUGCUCCGGGGGUUGUCCUGGACAAGGACGGGAAACCAUGCCGAACCUGUACUUCCUCUGCGGCAUGGAUGGCGAUGAUGAAGCAGAGCGGCAAAAAGCCCACAGCGGUUGCUCCAGUCGCUCAACCACGAACCGAAUGCCCACCCGACGUCGAAGAACUCGGUCGCGCGACGUGGACGCUGCUGCACAGCAUUGCAGCUACAUACCCCGAAGCUGCCCCGCCCGAAACCCAAUCGGUCAUGAAGCAGUUCAUUUCAACCUUCUCUAUCCUCUACCCCUGCUGGGUCUGCGCGGAGGACUUUCGAGACUGGAUGAAGAAGCCCGGAAACGAGCCCAAGGUCAAAGGACAAGACGACCUGGGCAUGUGGAUGUGUCAAGCUCAUAACGCGGUGAAUGUGAAGCUGGGAAAGGCGGAAUUCGAUUGCAGUCUCUGGAAGCAGAGAUGGAAAGAUGGAUGGAAGGAUGGACAAUGCGAUUGAGGAUGUUACGGCACUGCUCGACAAGGAAAGGGACUACUGGAGGAUACUGAAGUGUACGAUCAUACAAUGCACUACCGAGGACGACGAAUGAUGGCGGAGAAUAGAUCUUGGACAUAGAGCAUUAGCGACGGCGCAACUCCUCUCAUCUCGUUGGUAUGUACUAUAUUUGAGCACAGUCGUGUACAACAUCGUCAUAAAGUGUGAUGGGAAGCAGACACAUACCUAUCCAUCCAAAUGAUAGAACAAAAAGGCCAAGAUUCUAUGUCGAA